UUCUAGACGCUCUUGCAACUUGGAACGAAUUUCCCCCUGUCUCUGUUGUUUUAUUGUGUUAUUGUGACUUUUCCAAGUCAACUAGUUUCCCAAUUGUACUCGCUAGAGUUUUCUCUUAGCUGUCGAGCCGCGUGACAUGUCUGACUUGUGACGCUUUUGAAAGAAGACGUCUUUCGGAAGGAGUUGUCGAGUCAGGCCUGUUGGUGUUAUUUCCCAUCAGUGCAGCUGGUGGCUAACACAGAAAUGUCACUGGCCGAGUACGAGAGACAUUUCGACUCGCUGAAUUCCGAUUUGGCCAGCGGGUCUGUGCUCAGCGAGCGUUCGACGUCCGCCACGUUUAAUGGCGAAGAGGAGAAGUUGCAUUACAUUCCCAUUCGGAUCCUCGGGAGGGGGGCGUUUGGUGAAGCGACGCUGUACAGAAGAACCGAGGACAAUUCUCUGGUCGUGUGGAAGGAGGUGGACCUGAAUUCGCUUUCUGAACGUGAGCGCAAGGAUGUCAUGAAUGAAAUCAGCAUUCUGUCCAUCCUGGAGCACAACAACAUCAUUGCUUACUUCAAUCACUUUAUGGAUAAAAACACCCUUCUCAUCGAAUUGGAAUAUUGUAACGGGGGGAAUCUUUACGACAAAAUCGUCCAACAGAAGGGUAAACUUUUUAACGAGGAGGUGGUUAUUUGGUACCUUUACCAGAUUGCCUCAGCUGUGGCCCACAUUCAUAAGGCUGGCAUUUUACACAGGGAUAUUAAAACUCUCAACAUUUUCUUGACCAAAACUGACCUCAUCAAGCUCGGGGAUUAUGGUCUUGCAAAGAAGCUCGGCUCUGAGUUUUCCAUGGCAGAAACGUGUGUGGGAACUCCAUAUUAUAUGUCUCCUGAGCUGUGCCAGGGAGCAAAGUACAACUUCAAAUCUGACAUCUGGGCCAUGGGCUGUGUGCUUUUUGAAGUCUUAACUCUCACAAGAACAUUUGAUGCAACGAAUGCACUGAACUUGUGUGUAAAAAUAGUCCAGGGAAACUGGACUAUGGAUGUGAAUCGUGAUGUUUAUGGAGCUGGAUUGAUCAAGCUAGUCUACGAAUGUCUCGAUCAAGAUCCUGCAAAGAGACCAACUGCGGAGCAGAUUCUAGAACAGCCGGUCCUCUCCUGCUCCCGACAGGAGCUUGAAGAUCGAGUGGCUCUGCUGAAUUCUGCGAUGAAGAGACCAAAGCUUAACACCGUGACUGAAACCCCUGUUGCCGUAGUGACCACCCGCUCGAGGGAUGUGUAUUUCUGGGGCGGAGGCAAGUUCACGCCCCAGAAAAUGGACACCUUUAAAGGGGGCAGCAGUGCCCAACAUGUGUGUGCUGGAGAAAGUCACUUUGCAGUGGUGACGGUGGAAAAAGAACUCUACACUUGGGCAAAUGUUCAAGGCGGCGCCAAGAUGGUGGGCCAACUCGGGCACGGAGACCAAGCCUCCUACAGGCAGCCCAAAAGGGUUGAAAAGCUCCAAGGAAAGGCCAUCCGACAGGUUGGGUGCGGCACGGACUUCACCGUUUGCAUCACCGAUGAGGACCAAAUGUACACGUUUGGGUCAGACUAUUAUGGCUGCAUCGGCGUAGAAGGGGCGAUGGGAAUGCAAAUCCUGGAGCCGGUGCUCCUGGAGUUUUUCGAGGAGCGGCCGGUCCGUCAGGUUUCUUGUGGAGACAAUCACGUGGUAGUGCUCACCCACAGUGGAGACAUCUUUUCGUGGGGCUGUGGAGAGUAUGGGCGUUUGGGUUUAGAAUGUGAAGAUGAUUUUUCUUCCCCAAUGCAAGUGGAGCUCCCAAAAAGCGCCACAAUCUCAUCUGUAUCAUGUAGCAGUGAUGGAACCUUCUUCUUGACAGACACUGGCAAAGUCCUAGCAUGUGGAAACAAUGAAUUCAACAAAUUAGGUCUGAAUCAGGAAUUUUCUGGUCUCAAAAACCACCCUGGAGAGGGUUACCAGGGCAUCCCAUACACCACCACUCUGACUUUGGCAAAGCAGCUGUCACGCUUCAAGAUCCAGACUAUAGCUCCAGGGAGGAACCAUACAGCCGCCAUUGAUGCGCGUGGUCGCCUCCUCACUUUCGGAUGCAACAAGUAUGGGCAACUAGGCGUCAAAGACUUUAAAAAACACCAAGGCGUGCAAGUCCUGGUCGGACCGUUCGGGGGGAAGAUAGUCACCAAAGUUUCCUGCGGCGACGGCUUCACGAUCGCCGCCACGGAAGACAAUCAGAUCUUUGCUUGGGGAAACGUGGGAAACGGGCGACUCGGAAUGCCUGCCGAUAAGGGAUUUGGUUCGGAGGUUUGUCCGGCCAUGCCGAGGCCCAUUUUUGGAUCGCUCCACCAUGUGCCAGACCUUUCUUGUCGCGGCUGGCAUACGAUUAUCAUCAUGGAAAAAGUCCUCAACUCCAAGACCAUUCGCUCCAACAGCAGCGGAUUGUCCAUUGGUAGCGGGAUUAGCCAGGACAGUUCUAUAGCCACAGUGGAUCUGGAAAUGGAGCCAGAUUCAGAGACGGAGUGUCGAGACAGGGGCCUUGGUGGUACAGCGGAGGUAGAUCUUGACGCUUGCAACUUAGAGACACCCAUGAUGUCGAUGGCAAACCAGACCGGGAACAGUUCAUGUCCUCUCUGGCUUAGAAAGGAGCUGGAGGAUGCUGAAUUUAUCCCAAUGCCAGAUGAGUCUGAGCUUCCUCCUGAUCAACUACAGUCUUUUUCCGAAAGCACCACUCUCCCAUAUAACGAGCUAAAGGAGCUUAAGGCUGUUGCGGCAGCUGUCAGCAGUGAGCAUGAUCUAUCGGCUACGCGUAUGAGUGAUGACAAACUCAACGGCCCAGGGGAGGAUGGCGUCUUUAGCCAAGUGGACUCUAUCACGUGCUGUCGAGCGAGUAGCCAAGUGGCGGAGUUGCGAGAGAUGGUUACUCAGCAAGAGAUGAGAAUCCAGAUGCUUGAGAAGCAGGUCAGUGAUCAGCGAAAAGAAAACGAGAGAUUGUUGGCAGCAUUCAACCGGUUGUCACUACUGGAAGCCAGAUGUGACAGUAACGGCAACCACUGCGACGGUCACGUGACGGAUAACGGAGCAGCAGGACGAGCGUCCGGAUUGGCGUCGCGCGGGGGCCGACCUGCGGGUUCCAGCUUGUGAGACCCGAUAGGGGAUGUGAUUUAAUGGCGUUUUAGGAAUACAUAGGUGAUGUGAGAAUAUGAAGCCCACUCGCAGUAGUGACGGCCGCCUCACACGCCUAAACAUGUGUCAUGUAUGUCAUUAUGUACAUUAUUUAACAGAGCACUAAGUUGCAUCUUUAUUUUGGUGCUUACGCACAAUUGUUCUCAUGCAAAUGUUGCGCAACAGACUGAAUCGUUUGCUGGGUUCAACAUAAGGCGUCAAGACAACCUUAGUGUUAUUCCGUCCACAAUGUGAAUAUGAAGUCCUUUGUUUUCUGCUGAUCAUUGUUUACUUGUCCUGACGUCAGUCGGGAUUUUGUGCUCGCUUGUUUUCAGUUCUUUGUCAGGCUAAACCAACCCGGUUAAAACAUGUGGCGCUGAAAUUUGUGGAGGGAGAUUGCAUGAGCUGAAACAGAACUUGUCAGAGAAUACACGUGUUUGCGUUUCAAUAUUGAACACGUCAUUUACAGAGGGGGGUAUCGUAGGCAAAGGUUUUACUUCAAAAAAAAUAUUACGGAGCCCCUAAGGGGACAUGGAAGAAGGAAAAAAAAGCCUCCCCAGACUGUCCGUGAGCUCAGUGAUUCCCUGGUCCACAUCUGGUAGGAGAUCCCCCAGGACACCCUCUGUCGUCUAAUUAGGAGCAUGGAGGUCAUACAGGCACACAGAGGCCACACACAUUACUGAGCCUCAUUUUGACCUAUUUAAAUGACAUUACAUCAAAGAUGGAUCAUCCUUAAGUGCAUUGGCGUCGUCAGGCCUUAGACUUCACUAUCAGUUGACAAGACAGCUCCUACAGACAUUGAGCAACGGCUUCCCAUAGGGGGCCGGUGUUCUGCCCAAAUGUCCUACACGGGUUGCGGGUCUUACCAAAUGCGCUACUGCCCUCCAGUGGCCAGUUUUAUUGCUUUAAAAUGGAUUUUCAGCUUUGUGCUUUGGAGCUAAAUUGAAUCAGAUGUCUUUUUGGGGGGGGGGGCAUAAAAGAUGUAUAAAUACAUCUUUGGGACACUGAAACAAUUAAAAAUAGAACGUAUUUAUACGUUUUUGGGGGCAAAUGAGCUAAGAACAGAUCGUUAAGUUUCACGUGAAAGUUGUCUUUUUCUGGACAUUUUGAGAGUUUAAUCAAACGCACAAAGGUAACUUCUCUAACCACCUGAACUGUUUUGAGCUAUGCCAACAUAAUUGCAAAAGGUUUUCUUAUCAUCUAUUAUCCUUCUAAGGCAACUUGCAAUGAACCAUUAGAACACUGAAGUGAUGUUUGCUGUAAAUGGGCCUCCUUACAAAACUAUGUAGAUAUUACAUUAAAACCGGAUGUUUCCAGCUAGAAGUCAUUUACAACAUUAAUAAUGUAUAGUGUUUUUCUGAUCAGUUUAAUGUUAUUUCCAUUGAAGAAAAAUUGUGCUAUUCUUUCAAAAAGGAGGAAAUUUCUAAGUGACCCCAAACUUAAAAAAUAGACUGCAACAGCAAAAACAAUAAUACUAAUGAAAAUGUUAUCAGUAAUUGUCAGCUGUUUGUGAAGUUUUGUGCUUGGACGCUAGGUUCACUUACAUCCUGUGCAUCUCCUGGUGGCUAAGUCCCCCCCCCCCCCCCCCCCCGUUUCCAAAAGUGACACCCCCUGAUAGUGUAGUGUGUUUUUCCACUUUCAUUUUGAGUAUAACUCCAAAUCCAGAGCUUCAUGGGUUGUUACAUUUGAUUUUCAUAGAUAAUUUAUGUGCGACUUUGUUGUCAACACAUUCAACUAUGGAAAGAAAGUAUUUAAUAAAAAAUAUUUCAUUCAGAUCUACAACAUGUUAUAUUAGUGUUCCCUUUAUUCUUUGGAGCAGUAUAUUUACCUCCGUUGUGUUUUUAUUUAUUUUUUUGGUAUGUAUCGUUAAAACUAAAGUGUAUAUAGCUUGUUGUCAAAUUUGUUGCUCUGAAACGAAAACAAUGACACAAUACUAAAUUUUGAUACAAAAUCAGUGUUAUGAUCGUAUUGAAAUGUCAUUUUUACACUGGUAUUGAUAAAGAAAAAAUCCCGUCAGCUCCCCGCUGUCGUCCCCUCAUCUCAGAUCGCCAAAUGCUGACGAAAAGAAUCGUUUGCUCUUUACUAUUUGUCACCAUAGACUUCAUAAUGACGGACGGGUCAGAUUCGACCUUCAGUGCACCACGCCUUCAAGUAGGGGCCAUCCCAUAAUCCGCUUCAGUUACUCGCAGUCGGUCGCAGCGACACAUGCAGCGUUUCAACGCCGGAUUUAUGUUGAAAAAGUACGAAAGCUGUACCGCAUACAAACACGCAGGAUUGUCACAGGAGUGCUUUGUUCGAGGAUUCUAGGUAAUAUAUUUUUCAUACCAUGCAAGCAUUUUGAAACGUGAAAAAAAAUCAAUGGGAGAAAUUAGUCGCUACAGCAUUGGCAUUAUACUUUGCUAUUUUUACGUAAAUUACAUGCUACUUGCAUGGUUUCUUUUGCUUUUAACCAAGAUUUGAGACUAUUUCACAUCCAUAUCUAUAAAGAAUUUAAGCAUUUAUGCACAAGAAUUUCCCAUGCAAAAAGCUCUUUGUUGUACUAAAAGGGCCGCCACAGUGACUUAACGAGCAGCACAUUCGACAUAUUUACGUAAAAUAAAUGCUAACUACACUUUUUUUUUUUUUUGCUUUUAACCAAGAAUCAAGACUGUUUUACAUCCAUAUCUAUAAAGAAUUCUGGGAUUUAAGCAUUUAUUCACAAGAAUUUUCAAAGGAAAAAGCUCUGUUUACAUAUGGCGGCCGCUACUUUCCUUUCUUACUCGCCUCAUAGUUCGCAAUGUUUACGUAAAAUAAAUGCUACCUUCACAUUUUUUGUUUUUCAACCAAGAUUCGAGACUGUUUUACAUCCAUAUCUAUGAAGAAUUCAGGAAUUUAAGCAUUUAUCCACAUGAAUUUUUAGCAGCACAUUCGACAUAUUUACGUAAAAUAAAUGCUAACUGCCUUUUUUUUUUUUUUUUUUGGCUUUUAACCAAGAAUCGAGACUGUUUUACGUUCAUAUAUACUAGUAUAAAAAGAAUUCAGGGAUUUACGCACUUAUUUACAAGAAAGAGACAGAAAAAGCUCUUUGUUUACAUAUGGCGGCCUCUAAUUUCCUGACUGACUAGCCUCAAAGUUCCCAAUGUUUGUAUUAAAUAAAUGCUAACCGCCCGAUUUUUUUUUUUGCUUUUAACCAAGAAUCGAGACUGUUAUACAUCCAUAUCUAUAAAGAAUUCAGGGAUUUAAGCAUUUAUUUACAAGAAUUUUCAACGGAAAAAGCUCUUUGUUUACUUAUGGCAGCCGCCAAUUUCCUUACUGACUAGUCAUAGGCGGAUCUACUAUUCAGGCGAAGUAGGCGAUCGCCUUAGGCCCCCAACCAGUAAUGGGGCCCCCAACCAGCUGCGCUUGCCCCAACGAGCAAGAGCUUGGGCCACCGGAGCCAGCAGCACCCCAAACUAUUCGUCAUGCACAAAUAUGUCAGCACACCAAACAAAAAAAUAAAACAAAAAAGAAAGCCAUUUGAAUGUUGCAUUUAUAUUCUCUCCCCCACACACACGGACUACAAUGGACUGUUCCACGACAACCGACUGAGUAUCAGUCGCUUAGCUUCGUUUAGCACCGUUUAGCUUUGCUUACCUCUGUUUAGCAUCGCUUAGCUCCGCUUAGCUGUUCGUUAGCUUCACUUAACUCUCCCGCGUUUUUCACGCCACUAAGCACGCUAUUUUUACAGGUCACUUGCUACUUUGCACGUCGGCAAUCAUUUAUUUCGAACACAUGAGCAAACGUGCUUUCCAUGAGAGCCAAAGUGCAGUGAUGGAGAAUUUGAGAACAGGCCGCUAAUGCCUCUUUUAACUUUCUUCUUCUUCUUCACACCGAUCAUAAAAUACUCAACAGCACACCCUGUGGCGAAACAAUGCAGUACAGUUCCAAUCAGUCAUAAAAUAACACUCAACAGCUAGUUAACAGCAAUUGCUAACAAAAAAAAAUUAAAUCUUUGUGACAUCACAAGCAAUGACGAAGAAUGUUUUUUUUACGGAGUGUAAAGCUUUCGGUUAGCGGGUUAGCGAACGUACCUCCGGUGAACAUUUCAAAAUAAAAGCACGUCAUGUUCGUCAUAUAAAUAACGAUUUCUGGAGUUAAUCCCACAUACUUCAGAAUUAAUAUUAUAACACAUUGAGUAAAUACUACAGAAUACAGAUUCUACACUAAGAAUAGCUUUCAAAUGACACUCUUUAUAACAAAUAUGAUUGGCAAUGAAUAAUUAUAAUUAUUAUACUGCUAUUCUAUAUAGUAGUAUACUAUCAUAAUAAUGCUAGAAUUUUUUUUUUUAAGAAUUGUUUUGAAUAAUGUUGGAAAGGCAAAGUCAGUGUUCUGAACCUGUUUACUUUCCAUUCUUUUGCACUAGUAAAUGCUAUCAGCAUUUAACCUCAUUGUUUAUUUGUGAUUAAUUAUUGUUAUUUACAUGAUUAUUUGUACUUUAAUAAAGAAUGUAAGUGUUCCAUAAUGGUUUUGUGAAUUAAUAAGCAUCAGCAAAAAUUUCAUUGGUAAAAAAAGAAAAUUAUUAGAUUAGUCGACUAAUCGUAAAACUAGUCGGCUAACUAAUCAGGAGAA